AUGGCAGUGCAGUAUAAGUGCUGUGAUAUAGAGUUUUCAAAACGCAUACUCAUAAUUGUGCUGCUCGUGAUGUUCGCUGGAUUGAUGUCAGGGCUCACUUUAGGCCUCAUGUCCUUGAGUCGCGUUGAUCUUGAGGUGCUUGCUAAGUCUGGAACCCCUCAGGAUCGCAGCAAUGCUGCAAAGAUAUUGCCUGUUAUCAAGAAUCAACAUCUAUUGCUUUGCACCCUCCUAAUUUGCAAUGCGAUUGCCAUGGAGGCACUUCCAGUUUUUCUGAAUAGUCUUGUUGUUUGGUGGGGUGCUAUCCUAAUUUCGGUGACAUUAAUUCUUCUGUUCGGUGAGAUUAUACCCCAAUCAAUUUGUUCUCGGUAUGGUUUAGCAAUUGGUGCAACAGUGGCUCCAGGUGUCCGUGUUCUUGUAUGGAUAUGUUUUCCUGUUGCUUAUCCAAUUAGUAAGUUGUUGGACUUCUUGCUGGGGCAUCGACAUGAAGCCCUUUUCCACAGAGCUGAGUUGAAAACACUUGUAAAUCUGCAUGGCCACGAGGCUGGAAAAGGUGGGGAACUGACACAUCAUGAAACAACCAUCAUUGCUGGGGCACUGGAACUUGCUGAGAAGAUCGCCAGUGAUGCCAUGACUCACAUAACCGAAACAUUUUGUGUUGAUAUUAAUUCAAAGCUUGAUAGGUAUCUGAUGAAUUUGAUAUUGGUGAAUGGGCACAGCAGAGUCCCUGUCUAUUAUGAGCAGCCUACAAAUAUUAUUGGACUAAUCCUGGUCAAGAAUUUAUUGACAAUUGACCCAGAAGAUGAAGCACCCGUGAAAAGUGUGACCUUACGCGGAAUUCCAAGGAUUCCAGAAUCGAUGCCACUGUAUGAUAUUUUGAAUGAGUUCCAAAAGGGUCAUAGCCACAUGGCUGUUGUUGUCAAAAACUGUGACAAGACAGAACAACAACCUUCAAACAGUAACGCCUAUGUGAGAGAAGUGAAGGUGAAUAUUGAUGGUGAUAAGCCUCCCCAAGAGAAUAGGUCGAAAACCAAGAUGUCACGCCAUAAAUGGAAAAGCUUGCCAAACUCACAUAAACGGUCAAAAAAUAUGUACUCGGAAAUUUUGGAAAUAGAUGGAAAUUCUCUCCCAAAGCUGCUAGAAAAAGAAGCUGUAGGAAUAAUUACGAUAGAGGAUGUCAUUGAAGAGCUUUUACAGGUGGAGAUCUUUGAUGAGACAGAUCAUCAUUUUGAAUACUUGUGA